UCACACCAUGUUUGUUCCGGCUCUGCUCACCUGUAUUGUGCUGAGAGCAUUCAGUGCUCAAGCAAAAGUAGCUGAUGACUUUGAUUGUAAAGAAUUUUUCUACAAAGACACAGAACCGGUGGGAAUGGAUCAGAAUGCCAAGAAAAUCUGUCAGUUUACAGCAAACUUAGGCCCUCAUUACGCUACGCUGUACUCAAUUAAUCACAAGAUUCCUCUCUACAGCGCCUACAGAUUUGACCCUACAUGCUUAACCGACAGUGGAAGGCCAAGCUUCUGGCAUUUAGAGCCACAGAUUUCCAAACCUGAAGAACAAACUCAAUACUAUAUGGUCCGUGAGAAUCAAAAUUACAAAAGAGCUUAUAAAGGAGAGCAAGCCAUCAGCGACGACUACAGUGAAACAGGAUAUGAUAAGGGACACCUGAACCCCAACAGCUUCCAGUGCGGUGCAGGCCGUAUAGCAACGUUCACGCUGACCAAUGCAGCACCUAUGGAUGCUGUGAAACUAAUGGUGAAGUCAAGUCGUGCUGCUCCACUCCCUGCCUGUACCAGGACAAUCUCAAUUCCUACAGGUGUUACUCAGGCCAGACGCAGAUCGAGUGCUCGGCCCGGUACUCACUCGUCACUUUUAAAGGAGAGAACUGUGGAUGGCCAAACCUGCAGGUCCAAUCACAAGUGUGGCUACCACGAGAAAGAUUACCUGUGGUGCUACACAGACUAUGAAGACAACUGGGAUUACUGUUGCAAAUCAUGUUGGUGA